CCGGAGACAAAGGCAGCGCCGGGAGGCGGCGGCGGUGCCGCGCACCGGGCCCCCUUCCCCCCCCCCCCUCCUCCCCGCCGCCGCCGCCGCCCUAUGGAGCCGCCGCCGGCCGCCUGAGCCACGUGCGCCGCCGCCGCCGGGCCCCCUUCCCGGCAGCCCUCUCCCAGCGAUGGGCAGCGGGACCCCGGCCGCCCCGUCGCCCUGCCGCCCGCCCCGCCAGCCCCCUGCCCCGCCACCCACCCAGCGCACCCAGGCCUGACCCACCCACUCCAGCCCCCCCCCAUCUCCAUGGCGAGGAUGGACCCUUGACGGCGGGCACCCACGGGCCGGAGGAGACGCCGCUGGGCACGGCCUGGGGAGAUGCCCUCGGCGGCCCUGACAGCAUCGGGUCCCACUCUGGCCCUGCCGCCACCCUGAGCAUCCCGUUCCCCACCCUGAGGGCAGGAAGAGGCAGGGGCCUCCCCACUGGGGCCGGCAGCCAAGAUGGUGAUGUCCCAGGGCACCUACACCUUCCUCACUUGCUUCGCGGGCUUCUGGCUCAUCUGGGGGCUCAUCGUGCUGCUGUGCUGCUUCUGCAGCUACCUGCGGCGGCGGGUGAAGCGGCAGCAGGAGGAGCGGCUGCGGGAGCAGAGCUUGCGCGCGCUGGAGCUGGAGCCGCUGCACUACGAGGGUUAUGGGGGCAGUCCCCCUGGCAUUGCCAUUCCCCACCGCCUCCGCCUUGAGCCCCACCAUCAUCACCCCCACCACAUCCCACCCCCCCGGCCCUGGAGCUGCCGGCACGAGUCUGACCUGUCGAAGCCGCCGUGCUAUGAGGAGGCGCUGCUGAUGGCGGAGCCCCCUCCGCCGUACAGCGAGGUGCUGAUGGACACGCGGGGGCUGUACCGCAAAAUCAACGCCCCCUUCCUGAGCCACGAGCGGCUGGAGAAGCAGGAGCAGCCCCCCAGCUACAAACCCCUUUUCCUGGACGCCGGCUACGGUUCGGCGUUGCACCUGCCCCGCUCAGCCAGCCCCGGCCCUGCCUGCCCGGACCUCUACCUGCAGGCAGAGUGCUCCCCCCGCAUGUUUCCCAGCUGGACGGACUCAGAGCUCAGCAGCAGGGACACCUACGAGCCAGGACCCUGGCACCUCCCGGUCUCCAUGCCCCUCUUCGGCAGGACUACCGCUGUCUAACGGCGGCCCCCGGGGACCCCCGGACCUUGCUGCGGGUGCCCCUCUGGCACCGGGAGGGGGGGGUGGUUUCGGUUGCCUGCGUCACCCCGGGGACGCCCGCCCCGGCGCGGGCCAUUGUCGCCGGCGCGGAAGGGGCUGGUUCCCCGUCUGGCCCCCGCCGGCCCCCCCAUGGCCGGGGGCGCUGGGGACCCGGACUCUGCUCUGUUUCUUAAAUUUUUUGUUUGUUACAGUUUGAGAAUAAAAGUUUGUGGCUCGG